AUGAAUUUCUCUUCGGAUUCCCACUAUUUGGCCUCUUCCUACAGGAAGAUAUUCGGGGAGCCUCCCCGCUACUCCUCCCGUCUGGGCAGCUCGGCCACAGCCAGCAGUUACCGGUCUCAAUCGGUAUCUCGCAGUAGCAACCGUGCCGUGUCGUACCGGCUGGCGCAGGCAGACACCUUGGAUCUCAGCCAGGCAACGGCGCUGAACGACGAAUUUCGGCUGACCCGCACCAAUGAGAAGGAGCAGCUGCAGGGACUCAACGACCGGUUCGCCGGCUACAUCGAGAAGGUGAGGCAGCUGGAGCAGCACAACCGCCUUCUGGAGGCUGAGUUGGGCGCGCUGCGGCAGCGUCACGCCGAGCCCAGCGGCCUGGCCGAGCUCUUCCAGAACGAGCUCCGCGAGCUGAGGGCCCAGCUGGACGAGACGGAGGCCGCCCGGGCGCAGGGGGCGCUCGAAAGGGAGCGGCUGGCCGAGGAAAUGCAGCGCUUGCGGGCGCACUGUGAGGAGGAGGCGCGAGCCAAGGCAGAGGCAGAGCAGGCGUUGCGCGCGCAGCAGCGGGAGGUUGAUGGCACCACCUUGGCGCGCAUGGCUCUGGAGAAGAAGGUGGAGGCGCUGCUCGACGAGCUGGCCUUCCUGCGUAAGGUCCACGCUGAGGAGCUGGCCGAGCUGAGCGCCUCCCUGCAGCCAGCCCCGCUGGCUGCCAUUGAGCCGGACGCCACCAAGGCCGACCUGACCGCGGCGCUGAAGGAGCUGCGCUCGCAGUACGAGGCGCUGGCCGCCAAGAACCUGCAGGCGGCCGAGGAGUGGUACCGCGCCAAGUUCGCCAACCUCAGCGAGCAGGCGGCGCGCAACAACGAGGCCAUCCGAGCCAGCCGCGAGGAGAUCGGCGAGUACCGCCGCCAGCUGCAAGCCCGCACUCUAGAGGUAGAGAGCCUGCGCGGAGCCAACGAAUCUCUGGAGCGGCAGCUGCAAGAGAUGGAGGAGCGGCAUAACGUCGAGGCGCUCGGCUUGCAGGACACUAUUAGCCAGUUAGAAACUGAUCUGAGAGAGACAAAGAGUGAAAUGGCUCGGCAUCUGAGAGAAUACCAAGAUUUACUGAAUGUCAAAAUGGCCCUGGAUAUAGAGAUAGCAGCAUACAGGAAGCUGUUGGAGGGUGAAGAGACACGUUUUAGUACUUCAAGCAUCAGCAUCUCAUCUCUGAAUCCCCUUUCCAACCCCACUUACUCCUUCCAACCUAGGCUCUUUAGUUCAUCUGUAGCCAGUAGCUCCAAAAUGUCACCCCCUUUCUCUUUUAAGAAAGAUGAGAAAGAGGAGGCUAAAUUGGCCUCAAAAAUCUCAUCGAGCCAGGUAGGAGAAACCUUUGCUGAAAUGAUUGAGGAAACCAUAACUUCCACUAAAAAAACUGAACGAACAAACUUGGAAGAAGGAAACACUGUCAACCAAAAAAUGUAAUCCCUGAUCUUAAUACAGAUACCAAG